AUGGCGGAGCUGCUCAACGCGGCAAGUGACACUAAGUUUCGGAAAAAAUACUUUUACCGAAACAGUCUAGCUGAAGAAAGCAGACAGAGGGAACACCGGGCUGCAGUCCAGAUUCAGAGCUGGUUCAGAGGCUGCAAGGUGCGGGCUUACCUCAGCCAUCUGCACACGAAGGCAGUCAUUAUACAGAAGAUAUGGCGGGGCUUCACAGCAAGGUCACGUUUCAGACAAAUGGUGAAGGCGGCAUAUUUUAUCAUGAAGAUGAAUUUCUACGAGGAGAUGGCGGUCAGGAUCCAGAGAAGAUGGAGAGGAUUUUUUGUGAGAAAGUAUGUUCAUAACUUCUAUGCACGAAAAAGCUAUCUGGAAGGAAUCUCCAUGAAAAAUGAAGAAGUCAGGAGAGAGCUGGCUGAACUCGAGGAACUCCAGAAGAGAGAGCGAAGUUGUCUACAGAUGGUGAAACAGCAAAGAGUCAAGGUCUUCCAGGCUCACCGUUUACAUCACCUCAUCAGUACAAAGCAGUGCCCAGGGGUCUUUAAUUCUCCAUUCAGACCAGCCCCCCAUGAGAUGGAACUACUGCUGAGGCAGGUCAAGUACCAGGCCCCCACUAGGCUGACCCCCAGGGACAAGACUUUUCUGUUGGGCACGCCUGGCCCAACAGCCCCUAGUUUCCCUGAGACUCGUGGAUCCCCGUGGAUUAAGACCACAAGUCCCAGCUGCUCCUCUCGGCUCAUACUGCCCCCCAUUGCCAGCAAGAAACCACAGGCUCCUCUCAGAGGGCCCGGAGAAGUGUGGGAGCAGCGCUUGCGUUGUCCUGAACUGUCUUUGCGUCUGCAGACCUCUUACACACACCUGGAGGAUGUCCAGAAUGAGCUACGGCAACACAACAGCACUUCCUUUACUCAGCCUGUUUAUGGUGGCAAGACUUUCGGAUACAGUAUGUAA